CACUGCUCCUUCCCUCGCACCCCCGGCGCCUCCCGCUCUGCUACAUGCGAGCCGCGGGCGCGCACCGGGGCCAGCACGCCCGGGACUCCCCCGCUCCCCGCACGCCGCCAGCUCCGCCGGCACCCGCACCCUUUUGGAGGGUGAUGAUGCUCCAGUAAUUUUCCCAGCUCCAUUCCCAGGCAUCGCUUUGCUUUCCGUCCAGGGAAGAUAGUUCUGCUUGUGAUCCUGCUGAGGGAAGAGACUCCGAUGGACUUACACCGGGCAGCAUUCAAGAUGGAGAACUCACCCUAUCUCCCCAACCCGCUGGCCUCCCCAGCACUGAUGGUUCUCGCCUCCACCGCUGAAGCCAGCCGUGAUGCUUCCAUUCCCUGCCAGCAGCCGAGGCCUUUUGGGGUCCCCGUAUCAGCAGAUAAGGACGUGCAUAUUCCCUUUACCAAUGGCUCAUAUACUUUUGCCUCCAUGUAUCAUCGUCAAGGUGGGGUGCCAGGAGCAUUUGCAAACCGUGACUUUCCCCCAUCCUUGCUUCACCUCCACCCCCAGUUUGCACCCCCCAAUCUGGACUGCACCCCAAUCAGUAUGUUGAACCACAGUGGCGUUGGGGCUUUCCGCCCCUUUGCAUCUACUGAAGACCGGGAGAGCUACCAGUCAGCCUUUACACCGGCCAAGCGCCUGAAAAACUGCCAUGACACUGACUCACCCCAUCUGCGCUUCUCGGAUGCUGAUGGGAAGGAGUAUGAGUUUGGCACGCAGCUCCCCUCCAGCUCUCCCGGCUCCCUCAAAGUUGAUGACACAGGAAAGAAGAUCUUUGCUGUUUCUGGCCUCAUUUCUGACCGGGAGACCUCAUCCAGUCCUGAAGACCGAAGUGACAGAUAUAGAAGCGACAACCAAAGAGGGCCCCAGGCGUCUGCAACUGCCACUCAUCGUAUGAUUUUAACUCUCCCCCUCUGCAAAAAGAAAGCAACUUUAUUUGACAGCCAGGCUCCGAUCUGUCCCAUCUGCCAAGUCCUCCUUCGCCCUGGGGAAUUGCAAGAGCACAUGGAGCAGGAACUGGAGAAGCUCACCCAGCUGAACAUCAGCAAGAGCUCCAUCCUGAAGGAUGCCAUGGCAGCAGGCACCCCCAAGUCAAUUUUGUUGUCGGCCUCAAUCAAGCGGGAAGGAGAUUCUCCGACGGCAUCACCUCAUUCCUCAGAUGACAUCCAUCACUCGGACAGAUACCAGACCUUCCUGCGGGUGCGAGCGAACCGGCAGACCCGGCUGAACGCUCGGAUUGGAAAAAUGAAACGGAGGAAGCAAGACGAAGGGCAGGUAUGUCCCCUCUGCAGCCGACCUCUGUCAGGAUCCGAGGAGGAGAUGAGUAGGCAUGUGGAACAAUGCCUUGCAAAGAGAGAAGGUUCAUGCAUGACUGAGGAUGACUCUGUGGACAUCGAGAAUGAGAACGGCAACCGCUUCGAAGAGUAUGAGUGGUGUGGGCAGAAGAGGAUACGGGCUACUACUCUCCUGGAGGGAGGAUUCCGAGGUUCUGGGUUCAUCAUGUGCAGCGGCAAGGAGAAUCCAGACAGCGACGCUGACCUGGAUGUGGAUGGCGACGACACACUUGAAUACGGGAAACCACAGUACACAGAGGCAGACGUUAUCCCUUGCACUGGGGAAGAGCCAGGUGAAGCCAAAGAGAGGGAGGCACUUCGAGGUGCUGUGUUAAAUGGUGGCACACCCAGUACUCGAAUAACACCGGAGUUCUCUAAAUGGGCCAGUGAUGAAAUGCCCUCGACGAGUAAUGGCGAAAGCAGUAAACAGGAGACUAUGCAGAAGACCUGUAAGAACAGCGACAUUGAAAAAAUUACAGAAGACUCUGCAGUGACAACAUUUGAAGCGUUAAAGGCUCGUGUCCGUGAGUUAGAAAGGCAGCUUUCCCGUGGGGACCGCUAUAAAUGUCUCAUUUGCAUGGACUCCUACACAAUGCCCCUGACUUCCAUUCAGUGCUGGCAUGUGCACUGUGAAGAAUGCUGGCUGCGGACUCUGGGUGCCAAGAAGCUCUGUCCCCAGUGUAACACCAUCACAUCUCCCGGAGACCUUCGGCGCAUCUACUUAUGAAGGACCCAGCGGGAGGGCGGGAUGCAGCUACUCGGCUCAGCUCAUCACACCAAGGGGGAGAAGAACGACAGCAACAACAACAAAAAAAAAAAAAGACGUUUUAAAAAUGUAAAGGAAAAACAAACCAGAGACUGCAGACAUGGACUCGAGGAUACAGGAGCAGCAGGGAGCCUCAACUCCUAGAUCCCGCCUGUUGAGACCUCCUUCAGCAUCUGCAGCGGGCAAAACCAAACCCUUUGUUGUGAAGCCCCCCUUUUUUAAACCCAGUAUUCCCCAUCCACCCAUUCCCUGGAGCUGGCUUUGAAUCGUGGAUGGCUCACAAGCCCUCCUUUGGACUGCGUUGUUGACCACUCUGCCCCCAGGACACUGGGGAAGGGACCCUUGACAGAAAGAUGUUAAAUAACCUGUAACUUGUGUUCUUCGUUCAGUUGGAGUUUUGUUUUGCUUUUGUUCUUAUUUGUUUUGGUUUGGUUUUUGGUUUGGCUCUGUUUUGGUUUUUUGUGGUGUUCUAGUGAUUAAAAAAAAAAAAAAAGAUUUAAAGAGAAGGAAAAAAAAAAAGAGAGAGAGAGAAAAAAACCCCACACCCAGGCAGAAAUGAAGCACAUGUAAUAUAGAUUAUAUAUGUUUACAAUGUUGUGUAUAAAUGGGAUAGACUCAAACAUUACAUACUAAUAAGUUUCCCUUUUUUUUUUUCUUCUUCUUUUUAUUUUCUUUAUUUUUGGUUUGUUUGGUUGGUUUUGGGUUGGUUGUUUUUUUUUUUAAAGAAGAAAAAAAAAAAAAGAAAAUGAGCAGAGAACAUUAAACCCAUAUUUUUCUUGGUUCAGCAAAGUUUUGGCAUUAAAGUCAUUAGUUUAAAAAAAGUAUAUAUAUACAUAUAUAUAAUAUAAAUGGUUUAAUGUUCUGUGGUGUAUAUUUCCUCAUUCGGAUAUGAAGUUAACAGCUUUUAGUAAUGGCUGUAGCAUUGCCCAUAACUUACAGAACUUAUGGGGAGUAGAGGAGGUGGAUUUUUGUCAUUAGUUGUAGCUAAUGGGGCUAUUUAUAAUAGAAUCAUUAUCCCCGGAAAGACACGGCUUUUAGCUCCCUGCCGGGGGGGAUCUGGCUCAGCCCCCUUUGCCUUUCCCAGCUGAGGAAGGGCCAAACAGAGCAGAGCUGGAGGGAGACAGCCUGCCAGAGGGCUGCCCCCUCCGCGGCCAGCAGUGCCUGCUCAAGGAUGUGACUGAUCCCCUCUUGCCUCCUCCAGGGCUGUAGCCCCUGCCUGGCCCUUCUGUUCUCCCCUGUGGACAGCGUUUGCUGACUAGAGGAUGCCAGAGCUGCUCCCAGUGCCUGCUGCUGGUAGCCACAGGGAAGCAAGGGUCAAAGGGAGAGAUGCCAGGGGGUGGAUUGCCUUUCCUGGUGACUUUGUCCAAAGCCAGUUCCCUCACAGUGCUGGCUGCAGCAGGCCCUGGUGCUGGCCAGCCAAGAUGCCCAAGCCCUGCCUCAUGCCAUCUUUUCCCAGCUCCCACUUUUCUGGGGCCUGUGUUUUGCAAAAGAGGUUUCGGCACUGGGACAGAGAGUCAAGCCAGCCCUGUUUCAGCCCCACAGCCACCCUCAGGGCUUGCCCAGUGGUUACAGUGAGCAGAAGUGAUUCCAACUGGAGCCAGAGGUUCCCCACAGCCCCAGCUUCUUCCACGCAGUCCCUCAUGCUUGUCCCUGUCUCCUGUAUCCUCAGCUUUAACCAAAGCUUCCAUCUGGCCUGGUUAUUUGUUGAUUUUUCUUUUAUUUUCAGGACCCAAGAAACAGACACUGAUCGUUUCCCAAGGAGAAUGUGUGUGCCUGUGUGCUGACUUCUCCCAGCCCUGCCCCAGGCAGUCACAGGAUGCCAGCUCCCAGAUGACAGAAUAGAGGGAGAGAGAGAAGCUCAUCUUCCCCACUCCUGUGGGGAGGUGAGGAUCUUGCCAAGCAAGUCCCACCUGGCAGCACAACAUAGCUGGAGCAUUCUAGGACAGUAUGGAAAGGGUGGUGAAUGAGGGGUUUGGAGGUGGAACCCCAGUACUUCUGGGGCAUUUCCAGAGAGUGAAGGACUGGGGAGGCAGGAUGGGUGCUUUGGGGGUUUGGUGCUGUUGUGCAGAGUACAGCUGCUCUCCUCAGCAUCUCCCAAGUGAUUUCAGAAGGAUCCUGCUGCACCUGGGAAAAAAAAAAAGCCACCAAACCAGAUUGAGUGAUCUGUAUUUUAUAAACAUCCUAGCAAAACAUGCCAGUUCUUGAGAGUUCCAAUUCUCUAAGCUCAUAGCAGUGUGGUGAUCCCUGAGACCAGAGAGCUGCAGCCUCCUCCGCUCAGGAGCUCAUCUCUCCUGAUGGGGUCCUGCCUCCCAGGGGAGGCUGCAAUCAGGAGAAGGGGCUGCAGCAAUGGGUGUCACUGCUAGGUAACCCUCCAACCAGCAGCACUUGGCUAGAGGAAGAGCAACUACACUGAAUUUGGGUCUGCGUUUGUCAAGGGAGAAAAAUUGAGGCUGGGCUGUGAGUGCCACCCAGCUGGGGCUCAGAGAUGGAUUUAAAGGUGGUGCAGUGGGUAGGUUUGAGAGGCAUCCAGGAAGAGAGAGAGAGGGCAGGUCACCCCACCCUUCCUUGGAAAUAGGUCCCAGGUGGGAGCCAGGCUUUCUGGCAGGUGUUGUGGACCAGCUGUGAAUUCUAUGUACGUAUGUGUAAAACCAUAUGUAACUAGUCACUGGUUCUUUGUUUUGGGGGUUAUUUUCUGGUUUGGUUGUUUUAAUUGUAAAUCCAUCCCCUGUUUUCAAGGGUGGGGGCUGCAGGGGGAAGGCUGGGGAGAGAGGCAUCCUGCUUUGUAACAGGUAUCCACCACUUCCCUUCUUCUGGAAUGAGUUUAAAUGAUUUUAAAAGGAAAAAAAAAAAAAAAGAAGUAUGAACUAUUGGAGUUAACCUAUCUUUGCCCAAAGAAUCCCAGUUGCACAAAGCGAUAUUCCGGUGUGUCGAUGAUUGUGUGUCGGUGUAUAUUAUACAAAGAGGUACUUGUCACUCCCGUUUGUAAACUACAUUUGACAUUAAUUAAACAAGUAUAAAUCUUC